AUGGCGAAGGUCAGCGGAAUCAGCAACAAAGUCGCCAUCGACGCGCUCAGGAAGAUGCUCUGGUACAAGUCGAAGUUCAGAAAGUGGAUAACGCUCGAAAAACCUGACACAAUCCAGGACGCCCUUCACAAAGCCUUGGAUUACGUAAUGAUCGAAGAAGAGACGAAAGUCCUGUCGCAAAAACAUAAGCUGGCAAGGAAUCUUCGAAAGACAUGGAUCCGAAGUCAAAGAAGAAAACUUCUCAGUUACGACAAAAACGUCUACUGCGAGUUCCAUCUGACCGAAGGUCACUCGACGGCUAACUGCAAAGUCGUAGGAGCAAGGCUUGCCGCAAAGCUGCUUGCUGGAGAACUCUCUGGAGUAACCAGCGUCAAGGAUUUAAUCCUCGACUCCGACCGUCCGCCAAAAACCAAUAAGAAUCCUCCCGCGGAAAACUCGUCACCGAGAAAUCAGGCCGGAGAAAAACGCGAGAGAAGACCGGACGAUAGGGGGAAUGAUAACUCCCGCAGGAGGGUGAACAUGAUCAUGGGAGGAUCCCAGUACUCCAAGGACUCGGUCUCGGCCAUCAAAGCCUACCAACGGAAAGCUGAGUCAACUGCGAAUUAUCCCCCACGGUCUCCUCCUCGAGACGGGCAUAACGCCUCGAUCACGUUCACGGAAGAAGAGGCUUGCGGAAUCGACCAGCCUCACUGCGACCCCUUGAUCAUUGAUCUCGUAAUAAGAGAUCUCAAAGUAGCAAGAAUACUUAUCGACACCGGAAGCACGGUAAACCUAAUCUUCCGCGAUACCCUAAAUAGGAUGGGCUUUGAACUCGGAGAAGUUACUCCGGUACCAAAACCGCUCACGAGUUUCUCCGGACAAACGUCCAUGACCCUGGGAUCCAUCCAACUACUCGUCAUAGCAAAAAACAUCACCAAGAUAGUUGACUUCGCGGUGGUAGAUAGCCCGGCUAUUUACAACGCGAUUAUGGGAACACCAUGGCUAAACGCCAUGAAGGCCGUUCUCUCGACUUAUCACUUGGGCGUCAAAUUCCCAACCAGGACUGGAGUCGCCGCAAUCUGGGGUUGUCAAAAACAGUCGCGACUUUGUUUCCUAGUGGAGCAUAAGUUAAGGCAGAUAACGACUACCUCCACGGUUAAACGCAAGCGAACCCGACCUUCCGCCGAAGAUGCCCCGACAAAGGGCACAGCGACACCUUCUGCAGAAGCAGAUUCGGAGAUCGGAACGGUCCCCGACUCCAAAGAUAACGUCACAACUCAACGGGAAGAGAAAAAUCUCGAGGAAAGUCGACCCCGCGACUAA